GCAGGGCCAGGCCAGGCCAGGAUCAGCUGUUGCGGGGCCGAGCCGCCGGGCACGGGGCCGUGGCCCUGGGCAGGCGCCCCCGGGGUCAGGGCUGACCCCAGGCUGCCCCGGCCACCACGGCCAUGCCCAGGCUAGCACGAUGUUCCCUCCCCAUGCCCACAGGUCCCUGUUGGUCGGGGCAUUGGGGUGCUUGGGGGGGCAGCAGCCCCACCCCUGGACCAGGGUGGCCUGUGGCCCUGCCCCGGGGCCAUGGUCAUGUCUUUAGGGCCCAGCACUUCAGGGUGAGAAUGUCCUUAAAGCCUCGUGCAGUCAACUUUGACGAGGUCUGGGGCGGCCUGCUGGAGACGGUUCAGCAGGUGGUCACCAUGGGCUCCAUCAAGCGCACGGUUUGGAAUGAACGCUUCUCUGACGUGUAUUCCCUGUGUGUGGCGUUCCCUGAGCCCCUAGUGGAGCGCCUCUAUGUGGAGACCAAGAAGCUGCUGGAGAGUCACGUCCGGGAACUAUACGCACGGGUGAGCAAACAGAGAGAGGAGAACCUGCUGGCCGAGUACCACCGUUACUGGCUACAGUUCAGCAAAGGCACCCACUACCUCAACAACCUCUACUCCUACUUAAACUCACAACACAUCCAGAAGCAGAAGUUUACUGACGCUGACCUCACGUAUGGCUCAAUGCAGAUGGAUGUCUCGGAGCAGCUGUUGGAAAUCGGGGAGCUUGGCCUGGAGAUCUGGCAGCGGGAAAUGAUCACACCCCUGCAGAGCCGCCUGGUGGGGGUGCUCCUGGCGGGGGUGCAGCAGGACCGCAUGGGUGCUACCACGGACGCCCCCACCUCCACCAUCAGGGGCGUCAUUCAUUCCUUUGUCGAUGUCAACAUGUACAAAAAGAAGUCCACGUUACAGUUAUAUGAGACAGUGUUUGAGGAGGAGCUGCUGAAGGAGACAGGGUCGUUCUACCGCAAGGAGGCGUCAUCACAGCUGCAGGAGUGCAAUGUGUCGCAGUACAUGGAGCGCGUCAUUGCCCGCCUAGCAGAGGAGGAGCUGCGUGCCACCAAGUUCCUACCACCAAGCUCCCAUAAGCGCGUGGUGAAGGAGGUGCAGGACCGCAUGGUGGCCGACCACCUGGCAACGGUGCAUGCCGAGACGGGCACCAUGGUGUGCUCUGAACGCACCCGCGACCUCUCCAACAUGUACACCCUCCUGCGGCCUGUACCCAACGGCCUCUCCCAGCUGGUGCACCACCUCAAGGAGCACAUCAAGCAGCAGGGGCUCCAGGCCAUCACCAGCCUCAAGGGCGACAAUAUUCCUGCCCAGUUUGUGGAGAGCUUGCUUGAGGUGCACAAGAAGUACCGCACCAUGAUCUCCGAGGUGUUCCACAAUGACCAGCAGUUUGUUGGUGCACUGGACAAGGCCUUUGAGAGUGUUGUCAACCACAGAGGCAACACAAAGGUGGUGUGUCGCUCCCCAGAGCUCCUCGCCCGAUACUGUGAUACGUUGCUCAAAAAGUCGACGAAGGGUCUGAACGAGAGUGAGGUAGACGACAAGCUGGGCCACAGCAUCACCAUAUUUAAGUAUGUGGAUGACAAGGACGUUUACCAGAAGUUCUACGCCCGCAUGCUGGCCAAGCGACUCAUCCAGCAGCAGAGCCAGUCCAUGGACUCCGAGGAGAACAUGAUCAACCGCCUCAAGCAAGCGUGUGGCUACGAGUACACCAGUAAGCUGCACCGGAUGUUCACCGACAUGUCCGUCAGCUCUGACCUCAACCACAAGUUCAAUGAGUUCCUGAAGUCCAGAAGCAUUGAGCUGGGCAUCAACUUCUCCAUAAAUGUUCUCCAGGCUGGUGCGUGGCCGCUUGGGCAGACUUCCAUCACCCCGUUUGCAGUGCCUCAGGAGCUGGAGAAGUCUGUACAAACGUUUGAGAGGUUUUAUCACAAGCAUUUCAAUGGAAGGAAAUUAACAUGGUUACAUCACUUAUGUCAAGGGGAACUGAAGGUUAGCCAGAGCAAGAGGACCUACCUCAUCACCAUGUCCACCUUCCAGAUGGCCAUGCUGCUCAUGUUUGAAAAAGUUGACAGCCUCACCUGCCAGGAGUUGCAGACACACACACAUCUUAAUGAUGAACAGUUUACCAAGUUCCUGCAGAGCUUGUUGGACAGCAAACUGCUGCUCACUGAUGCUGAGAAUCUGGAGGACGAAACAGUAGUGCAGCUCAACACUGAGUACACCAACAAGAGGACCAAGUUCAAGAUCAGCGUGGCGCCGCAGAAGGAGCAGCAGCACGAGACAGAACAGACACACUCAGCAGUAGAGGAAGACCGCAAGCUGUAUCUGCAGGCAGCCAUAGUGAGGAUAAUGAAGGCUCGCAAACUGCUCAAGCACACCAUGCUGAUACAGGAGGUGAUUAGUCAGUCACGGGCAAGGUUCGCACCACAGAUCCCCAUGAUCAAGAAGUGUAUAGAGCUGCUGAUCGACAAGCAAUACCUGGAACGCACCCCAAAUUCUACGGAUGAGUACAGCUACGUCGCUUAAGUCAUAAGUUAUCUAAUUGUUUAUUGCUGAUUUGUGGCCAAGCCUGUGCUGCCUACUUCUAAGGAGGAAAACCUUUUUCUUUUCAAUACCUUUGUAUAAUACAGGUAUACCCCUUUUAAGGCAAGCACUCACAAGUAAGAUCAUGGCUACACUCUGUUGUGAGGCUUGUACAGAACAUAUGUUGCCAGUUUGAAAAUUAAUUUUGUACAUUGAAUUAGGUGUUGGCCUUUAUUUGUCUCACAUACAGGUGUGUGUACAUGUGCAGAGCUCCAGCAUUCUUGGCCAGAUGUGUAAAUAAUCUUCAUAGGCACAUGAUGGUGCAGUUGGUGUGGGUUGUCUGAUUCUGCUUGUUCUGAAGGCUGGGCUCUCCUUCCCAUUCUUUCCCUCCCCACUGGCAGCUGGGUAUCACCACCUGAGCAGCAUCACAAGCUGCCUAGUGAGGCUCACACACCUGCAGGUUCUGGAUUGUGUCCAGGUUUGGGUGUAAUAAUGUAUAAAGGUUAAGUCUUUCAUUCUUAUGUCCAGCAUUUGGGACUUUUUUUUUUUAGUUGUAUUUAAAAUAACAUUUAAAUGUUUGUUCUGAUGGUGUGCCUUUUUAUUUAUCUGUCAGGCACUGUGUUGGUGUCCUGCUAUGUGGGAUCACCAUAGUUUGAAUCUCUGUUGCUUACACUUCAUGCUACACUGUGGCCACCUCCCAUCCCGUGCCGAGCUGCUCUGUGACUGGUCCAGGUGUUCCUUACUCCACAUUCUCUGUGAAAAAACACUGCUAUUAAUAUUAUAUUUGUAAGAACCUUAAGAGGAAUGUAACAUUGCAUAAUUUUAAAAGUCCUGUGCAUGCACCUAUAAAACAUAUAUUAGAAAUGCUGACCACAAAGACUUUCAACAAUUCCUUCUUCCUUUGUAAGAAGUGGGUUACCAAUGAUAAUAUAUAAAGCAUGUAAAUUAAUAUAUACAAGUAAUAUGAUGACCAUAUUAAAUAUUCACAUUUUAUAUUUAUUAGACAAGAGCACUAAACAUAGUGAUUGCUGAAUAAUUAUGUAAAACAAUGAGCUGAGAUAGUUAUCAAGGAAAGAAUUAUCACUACCUGAACAGUACUGUUCUACAAAUGAUUUUUUCCAGAAAAAAGCAGAAAUAACAGAUGUGAAGUAAGGCAAAUGUUACUUAAGUUCUCUCUAUAUAGUGCCUAUAAAUGGUUGCCUCUCUAAAAAUGAAUACUGAUGAAACCUUAAGUUCAGUUAUCACAUUAGAAAGUAUGACGAUGCAUCUGCAAUUUCAGAAUUGAAGGCAGAAUCACUGAAUUUCAGUAUCAGCUGCAACCCACUUGGACCAGUCACCCCACAGUGGCUUACAUACUGAGCCAUCAACUAUCAUGAAACUGAUACGUUUCUACUUUUUCUUUUUCUACAAAUUGUUUUAUCUCAACAUCAGUGAAACAAGUGGCAGCUCCUUGGUGACAACAACCAAAGGAGUAAAUAUUGUGCCAUUAGCAAACUCCUGGGAAAGUAAUUAAUAUAUUAUUGUUCCAAGAAUUGGGCAGUUUUGGGUAGUGUUUAAGGGAGAUUCAUUUAUGUCCGAGAUGUGGUGAAAUUAACUCGUGUGUUACUUUUUUGUCCAUGGUGUGUGAUAUGUGACUGAUGUGCUUGUGAAGCUUCACAGGAAAAGUUAACUAUAUAAACUUCUAUUCCUAUGACCCUGUUGCCUUUAUUUGUUAGUUUUCAGUUUGCUUGUAAGGUGAGCAUCUCAUCCAUUUGAAAUAUUUUUUAUUAGCCUAGAUAUUUAUUAAAAAGUAAGAUAACAAUUAGCAAAUUAUUAGCUUUUUAAUAUGUUGGUUGACUGUGUUUGGAAUAAAAUCUAUCUUUUACCACUGA